AUGGGCAGCCGCUCACCCGAACGUCGAGGCAGCUCAUACCGCAGCGACCGACCGCAGAGCCGCUCUCCCCCACGCAGAAGAGAUAGAGAUGAAGAUCGGGAGCGGGAUCGCCAUCGAGACCGGAGUGCCGAUCUGGACCGAGACCGAAGGCAAGAUCGAGAUCGAGGACGAGAUCGAGGACGAGAUCGACCUGCUGACGACGAUCGCCGCCGAUAUGCAAGCAGAUCACCAUCUCCCAAGCGACGUCGCGAUGCAAGCAGGUCACCAUCUCCGAAUCGAUCUAGAGAUUCGCCGGAAAGAUCUCUGUCGCCCUCACACUCUAAGCGCAAGCACGACGACGACUCGGACGAUGACUCGGACCGCGGUGGCGAUGAUGGCUCGUACUCUCGCAAGCACGGCCAGAAACACAAGAGCUCGAAAUCCAAAAAGUCCAAGAAAAAGUCCAAGAAGAAGAGAGAGACUUCUGCGGAGCGCCGAAUCCGCAAAGCGGAGGAGCGGAAGCAGAAAGAGUCCCAGAUCGCUGCCCAAAUGAGUGCCACGCUUGGCUACACCGACAAAGACAAUCCAUUUGGCGACUCAAGUCUGUCGACAAAGUUCAUUUGGGUUCAGAAGAUCAAGAAAGAAAAGGUCAUGGGCAUUACAUCCGAGGAUAAGCGACGCGCCGAUGCCGAGCGGAGACACGAGCUUGAGCUCGAGCUGGCAAAGUUGAAGAAAAGGCGCGAGGAACGAGAAGUUGAGAUGCAGCUCCGCGAGCAGGAGCAGAUUCGCAUGCAGAGAGAGCAAGAUCGGAUCGCCUUUGGAGACUGGGAGGAGCGUGAAGCUGGAUUCCAUCUCCAGCAAGCCAAGAAACGAGCUCAAAUCCGCAUCAAGGAAGGCCGGGCCAGGCCGAUCGACAUCAUGGCCAUGAAUCUCUCGUUGGCGACCGACACCGAGGUCGCGGCCGAGUUCGACGCCCUUGGACUCGAGAUGGACCUGGAGGAGCCCUAUCACAUCUUUGAGAACAUUGGCGAGUCCGAAGUCGAGGAGCUCUACAAAGACAUUCAGCUCUAUCUCUCGCUGGAGAAGGACGAAAACAACCGCGCCUUCUGGGAGGCCAUGAUCAUUGUCUGUGAUGACGAGCUGUCACGACACCGAGCCAAGGGCAAGCCGCGCACAGGCGUCUCGCUGCAAGUCGAGCAAGAGAUUUCUGCGAUGCUCAAGGGCAAGACCUUUGAUCAGCUCCGCAUCUUGCAGAAGCAGGUCGAGAAUAAGCUUUCGAGCGGUGAAGCUCUGGACUUUGAGUACUGGGAGGCCCUGCUCAAGUCCGUGAUUGUUUGGAAAGCCAAAGCCAAGCUCCGCGACAUGCACCAAUUCAUGCUCCAUCAGCGCCUCACCAAACUGCGAGAGCAGCAGCGUGCUGAAGCCGAGAAAGCGCAGCAUGAGCUGAGGGAGCAGGUUUCUCGCCCCAUGACCAGCAUUUCUGCCUUUGGACUGGCACGGGAAAGCCAAGCUGUCGCAGGAGCAGAGGACGAGGGCGACCUGGAGGAGGAGGAGGAGGCUGAGCUCUACGAUCCCUCGAUGAGCCCCCGCAUCAGCACCGAGAUCGACAAAGCCGAUGCCGACUUUGACGUUGUCGACGAAGACGCCGACUUUGAGAGCCUGUCACAGAAUCGGUCCAUACCAACUUCAUCCGCCAGAUCGAUUACUGCAGCGGCCGCGCAGUCCUCGAUGGCAGUAAGUGCACCGGCGAUGGAUCCGGAGGCCGCAUUUAUCAAGGAGUCGGCCGCCCGGAUGGGGAUCGACGAAGAAGAAUUCAACAUCGAAGACAUGGGCGCAACAGGCAGCCAGACCUAUCUCUGGCAGGACAAAUAUCGGCCCAGAAAGCCGCGAUAUUUCAACCGCGUCCACACCGGCUAUGAGUGGAACAAGUAUAACCAGACGCAUUACGACAGCGACAACCCACCACCCAAGGUCGUCCAGGGCUACAAGUUCAACAUUUUCUAUCCGGAUCUUAUCGAUAAAGCCAAGGCACCGACUUUCAAGAUCAUUCGCGAUGAAGGCUACCCCGAUACCGUUAUUCUGCGCUUCAUGGCCGGCCCACCGUACGAAGACGUUGCCUUCAGGAUCGUGAACCGAGAAUGGGAGCACUCUCACAAGAAGGGAUUCCGCAGCUCAUUUGACCGUGGCGUUUUGCAGCUCCACUUCCACUUCAAACGCCAGUUCUAUCGUCGCUAG